CAGGUGAUACUACAGAUGGAGAACACCAUGUUCAACAUGAUUGCCGCCAUUCUUCAGAAUGGAGUGAUGGAUUUCUAUGAGGAGAUGCUGUCGCUGAUGGACCUGUUCACUACGUCCUCUGUCUCUCCUCAAAUGUGGCAACUCCUCCCCAUCAUCUACGACACCUUCUGCAGAGACGGAUUCGACUUCUUCUCAGAGAUGAUGGGAGUUAUCUAUAACUACGUGAGAGUGGAUACAGACGUGUUUCUCUCCAACCCAAAACACCUGGAGAUUGUUGUCACCAUGUGCAAAAAGGUCCUGACAACAGGCUGCGGUGAAGAUGUGCAGACAAAUGCCUGUAAGCUACUGGAGGUGGUCGUCAUCCAAUGCCAGGGAAGAAUUGACGCUUACAUUCCCAGUAUAAUGGAGGUGUGUCUGGAGAGACUGACAAGAGAGAGCAAGACGGUUGACAUGAGGAGAAUGUGCCUACAAGUUCAAUGCAGCUUUUACUGCAACUCCAUCCAGUUAUGGGGCUCUGGAGACCACACAGAUUCCCGCCAGUCCAAGCCCAUCACCCAGUCAGUUCUUCAGACAGUGGAUCAACGAUGCUGGCCUCUUUGAGGGGUGAGCGGCUGACACACCCACUGUAGGCAGUUAAUCAGAUGCUGCUACAUACCUACAGUAGUACAGUAUAAUAUCCUAAGCAUCCAUACGUACUUGCAUGUCGAAGCUUUAGGAAUUUUUCUAACUACAAUUUUUAAAGGACAUGGUUGUUUUUUUACCUUUUCUUUGACGUGACCUCAUUAAUGUUGAUGGCAAAUGUACCUAGCCUAUAGUGUACGUUUGCAGUUGCUGC